UUUAUGAAGGAAAGGCGCCACUCAAAAUUCCAAAAUACGUUUAUGUUUGCGCGAAUCAUUUUUUGACUGACUGUUUUGAGAACGAGGGUCAAUUCAAAGCAGGUCUUGCUUCAAAGUUAAUCCUCAAGUCUGGAUCGUUGCCUACUGUUCGCGAUGCAACGUCACCUUCAGAAGAAGCCAGCACAUCGACACGAAGCUGUAGAACGAGGGAUAUUGGCGUGCAGACAGAAACAUCAAAGCUAUGCAGUGUUGGUACACAACUGUCAAUGAGGACGCUUCAAACACACCACAGGAGUGUCUGUGUCCAGACAGAGACAACAUUGUCAAGUUUUGAUGUUAGCACAAAAUUAGUUUCUCAUACAGCUGUUGCGUCUUCCACGCCCCUCAAGACUUCAUCAAAAAGACCUUGUCUGGACCUUGAGGAAGAUGAAGAUAUCCUGCAGGAAUGCUCUUCAAUACUAACACCACAAGAGACUGAUGUCACAUUUAAUCCUGCAGAGGCAGACACAUCAAUAACAGAGCCAAAAGACUUGUCAGCUCAAGAAUCCAGCCCUAUUCAAAACAUUUGUAAAUAUAUUGUCUAUGAGACCUGCAUCAUGGAACUGUUUGAUGUGUGCCCGGUAUGUCAUAGAAGCUGUCAUAUAAGAUCACAAAGGAUUGGAACAUUUCUACGUGUUGAACAACUCUGCCACCAUUGUCAGUUCUCACGGAAAUGGAACAGUCAGCCGAUUUUGGGCAGUACUCCAGCUGGAAACCUUCACCUUUCUGCUGCUGUGUAUCUCAGUGGUGCUUCAUUUUUCACAAUUGAAAAGAUAUUUGCAGCUAUGAAGUUACAUCUUUUCAAGUACGACACCUUUCGUCGUCAUGCACGAAUGUGCAUUGAGCCUGCUAUUGUUUACAAAUGGAGAAACUGGCAGGAUGAGAUGCUACAGCUGUUGGCUCAAAGGGAAAAGGUCAUUGUUGGAGGAGAUAUGAGGGCUGACUCACCAGGGCACUCUGCCAAAUAUGGCAGUUACACAAUGAUGGACCUGGAGACAAACACCGUUGUUGAUGUACAACUCGUCCAGAGUAAUGAAGUGGGAGGAAGUUACCACAUGGAAAAGGAAGGUUUGAAGAGAGGUCUUGACUUUUUGGAUGCUCAUGGAGUGACUCUGGACUGCAUUGUGACUGACCGACAUCCGCAAAUACAAAAAUUCCUCAGGGAACGCAAUGUCAACCAAUUCUAUGAUGUCUGGCACAUAGAGAAAGGAAUUUCAAAGCAGCUGGAAAAAGUGUGCAAGCUAAAGGGUUGUGAGAAAAUACGUAAAUGGUUGCAUAGUAUAAAAAACCACAUCUAUUGGACUGCUGCAUCAUCAAGAAGUGGACCUGAAAGAGUGGCUAAAUGGAUGUCUAUGCUAAACCACAUGCAAAAUAAGCACACACAUGAAGACAGCAAUUUUCCAGCAUGUCUACAUGGAACAAGGAGAAGUCGAGACACAAAAAAGUGGCUAGCUGCUGGAACACUGCCAUAUCUCAAGUUGGAGAAAGUUCUCUCCAACAAGAGAAUUGUGAAGGAUGUUGCCAAGCUAAGUCCACACUAUCAGACUUCUUCUAUCAAGGUUUUCCACAGUGUAAUACUACGGUUUACACCAAAAAAUGUGGUUUUUCCAUUUCUGGGAAUGUUGUGCAGACUAUACCUGGCUGCACUACAUUACAAUGAGAAUGCCGGGCGUCCUCAAGCCACGACAGCAGCUGGUCGACCGGUGUUCAAAGUGACCUUUCCAAAGGCCAAGAAGGGAGAAUACCGGGUCAGAGAAGUAAAGACACAAGCAACAUUCAAAUAUGUGGAUGACCUGCUGGACCUCAUAUUUGAUAAAGUCUUUGUGGAUCCUGCACCAUAUGUGGAUGAUGUUUUGAGGAUACCAAUACCACCAGCAUUGUGCGCAGAGUAUGACCGGCCAGAGAAGGAGGAGGCCAUCUCUAGUAGGGUAUCUCGGUUUAAUCAAUAGGUGGUCGAAAAACCUACAUAACUACCCUGGGCAUCAGGAAACUCUCUUCGAAUCCUCAGGACCACACAGGAUGGAAUCACAACUCGAACUUUUCGUCCAAGGAAACCCCAGCACCAGCUCACAAAACUCCGAUAAGCUAAAAAUCUGUAACGACUAAGGCACACACACACAUAGCCACGUUCUCAAAACAGGGUUCAAGGAUUUUUCUGUGUUUUUUUUCUUUCAAAUAUCUAUCAUUUGUUGUCUGGAGUUGAAAUAUUUGAUAUUUAAUUGAUCAUGGUUCAAUUUUUUUUGGAGGAAUGUCCUUUUAUUAAAAUUAUUUAAUUUCUAAACUUAUUUGUACAGUUCAGUGUCUUUAUACAUAAUGUAAAUAAAAAAAUGUAUAUGCAAGUUGUUGUGAAAUUAUUUAAAGCUAUAAUAUGUUUUGUUUUCACUAUAAUUUCCUUAUAACCCGGGAAAAUAUUAGACUAAAAAUUAAUUCAUCAAAAAUUCAUAAAAACAUUUGUAAUAUUUAGAAGAAAUUGACAUUUUUUCUUAAAUGUGCUAAUCAUUAAC